AUGGACUGGCACUCCUUUAGAAUAGCUGCGGUGCUGUUCAUUUUUCUGGUGGUGGUGGAAGUUAAUAGUGAAUUUCGAAUCCAGGUAAGAGAUUAUAACACUAAAAAUGGCACCAUCAAGUGGCAUUCAAUCAGAAGACAAAAACGUGAAUGGAUCAAAUUCGCUGCAGCCUGUCGUGAAGGUGAAGACAACUCAAAGAGGAACCCAAUCGCCAAAAUUCAUUCAGAUUGUGCUGCAAACCAGCAAGUUACAUAUCGCAUCUCUGGAGUAGGAAUUGAUCAACCACCUUAUGGAAUCUUCAUUAUUAAUCAAAAAACUGGUGAAAUUAAUAUAACAUCUAUAGUCGAUCGAGAAGUCACUCCAUUUUUCAUUAUCUAUUGCCGGGCUCUGAAUUCACAGGGCCAAGAUUUAGAGAGGCCUCUUGAGCUCAGAGUCAGGGUUUUGGAUAUAAAUGACAACCCUCCUGUAUUUUCCAUGUCUACUUUUCUAGGACAAAUAGAAGAAAAUUCUAAUGCAAAUACACUGGUGAUGAGACUCAAUGCUACUGAUGCAGAUGAACCAAAUAAUUUGAACUCAAAGAUAGCCUUCAAGAUCAUAAGCCAGGAACCUUCUGAUUCACCCAUGUUUAUUAUCAACAGAUACACUGGAGAAAUUCGAACAAUGAAUAAUUUUCUAGACAGAGAGCAAUAUAGCCAGUACUCUCUUGCUGUAAGAGGCUCAGACCGAGAUGGCGGAUCAGAUGGUAUGUCAGCAGAGUGUGAAUGCAGCAUUAAAAUUCUCGAUGUCAAUGACAACAUCCCAUACAUGGAUCUGCCUUUAGUAAGUAUUCACAUUGAUGAAAAUGCUCUAUAUUCAGACUUGCUCCAGAUUAGAGUAAUUGAUUUGGAUGAGGAGUACUCAGCUAACUGGAUGGCAGUCAUUUUCUUUAUCUCUGGAAAUGAGGGAAAUUGGUUCAACAUACAAAUGAAUGAAAGAACAAAUGUGGGGAUUUUACAGGUUAUUAAGCCCCUAGAUUAUGAAGCAGUGAAGAAUCUGCAACUUAGUCUCGGUGUUAGAAAUAAAGCUGAAUUUCAUCAUUCAAUUAUGUCUCAAUAUAAACUCACAGCAACUGUAAUCACCGUGAAUGUGCAAAAUAUAAUUGAAGGCCCAGUGUUCCGUCCAGGUUCAAAGACAUUCGUAGUAAAUAGUAAUAUGGGACAAAACUAUAAAGUGGGAGACUUCAUAGCCACCGAUUUGGACACAGGUUUACCUUCGACAAAUGUUAGAUAUGAAAUGGGAAGUAAUCCAGCUGGCCUGCUUGCUAUUGACUCAAAAACAGGCAUAAUUACUUUGAGAAAUAGAGUUACCAUGGAACAAUAUAAUAUGCUUAAUGGAAAAUACCAAGGAACAAUUCUAUCUAUAGAUGAUGCUCUUCAAAGAACUUGUACUGGUACAAUUGUUAUUGACCUCGACGGUUCUGGCUGGGUCACUGAAACUAAUACGAAAGAUAACACUAGUGGAGGUGUAACUGAUGCUACUUCAAAAGAUGUUCAUACUAAUGCUGUUGACGUUACUACCAUCGAUGAGUCUUUAAUUACAGAAGAUAAUGGCAAUGUGCCGCGUAAUCCCUUCGAUAACGUACAUUUUGGUCCUGCUGGCAUUGGGCUACUCAUCAUGGGAUUCUUGGUCCUAGGAUUGGUCCCAUUUUUGCUGAUCUGUUGUGAUUGUGGAGGUGCCCCUGGUGGUGGAGCCGGCUUUGAGCCUGUUCCCGAAUGUAACGAUGGAGUAAUUCACUCAUACGCAAUGGAAGGACCACAACCUCCCCCUGGGAAUUUGGCCAACCUCUGUAUACCACAAAUUUCCAAUAAUGUAAAUGUAAUUGAAGGCAUUGACACCUCAGGGGUUUACACCAAUGAGUACUGUGGCAGAGAAAUGCAAGAUCUUGGAGGAGGAGAUAGAAUGACAGGAUUUGAACUAGCAGAUGGAGUUAAAACAACAGGAGCACCUGAGAUAUGUCAAGAAUAUUCUGGAACAUUAAGAAGAAAUUCUAUGAGAGAAUGUAGGGAAGGAGGUCUGAAUAUGAACUUCAUGGAAAGUUACUUCUGUCAGAAAGCAUAUGCUUAUGCGGAUGAAGAUGAAGGACGCCCAUCCAAUGACUGUUUGCUCAUAUAUGAUAUUGAAGGUGUAGGUUCCCCUGCUGGCUCUGUGGGUUGUUGUAGCUUCAUUGGAGAAGACUUAGAUGACAGCUUCUUGGAUACGCUAGGGCCUAAAUUUAAGAAGUUGGCAGAUAUCAGCCUGGGAAAGGAAAUUGAACUAUAUCCAGACCUUGAUCCCUCUUGGCCACCUGAUACCACUGAACCCAUGUGCCCACAACAGGGAACAGAGCCCAUUGCUAGUGGACGCCCACCCAUCUCCCCACAUUACGGCACUACCACAGUCAUUUCUGAGAAUAGUUACCCCUCAGGACCUGGUGUACAGCAUCCUAUGCCUAUUUCUGAUCCCCUGGGCUAUGGCAAUGUCACUGUAACCGAGUCUUAUACAACCUCUGGCACUCUGAAGCCCUCUGUCCACAUUCAUGAUAACCGACAUGCCUCAAAUGUAGUGGUGACAGAGAGGGUGGUUGGCCCAAUCUCUGGUGCUGAUUUGCAUGGAAUGUUAGAGAUGCCUGAGAUGAGAGAUGGGUCAAACGUUAUAGUAACAGAAAGAGUAAUAGCACCAGGUUCAAGUCUACCCACCACUCUGACCAUCCCUGAUCCUAGAGAGUCUUCAAAUGUGGUAGUGACAGAAAGAGUAAUCCGACCAACUUCUGGCAUGAUGGGCAGUCUAAGUAUGCACCCCGAGUUAUCAAAUGCCCACAAUGUGAUUGUGACAGAGAGGGUUGUUUCUGGCUCUGGCGUAACUGGAAUUAGUGGCCCAGCUGGGAUAAUUGGAGGCAGCGGCACAGUCAGCAGUGGCCUGGUUGGCAGUGCAGCUGGAGUAAAUGCUGGUGGCAUCGGGAUGAGCAGUCUGGGAGGAGGAGGGGGCCUGAGCAGCAUUAUGGGGGGGACAGCCAGCACUGGCCACAUGAGGAGCUCCUCUGACCACCACUUUAGCCAGACCCUUGGAUCUGCCUCCCCUAGCACAGCCCGAAGUCGAAUCACGAAGUACAGUACCGUACAAUAUACUAAGUAA